CUUCUCCUAUAUAUAAAGUUGUGUGGUGUGUCGUGACCAUCGAAAUCGCAUGGGAGGAGCUUCGAACUUCUGCGCAAGAGGAUCUGUUCGGAGGAAAUCAAAAAUGGCGGAAAAACAACACAACCGCAAGCCGGAAGAAGGAGAGAACCAAAAUCGCGACGGCCGGAGCAGAAGCGAUUCUUCUUAUCGAUUGGUUUCUUUCAAGGAGUUGCCUGAGUACAUGAAAGACAACGAGUUCAUUCUCGAUUAUUACAGAGCCAAUUGGCCUCUCAAGCGAGCUCUUCUCAGCGUCUUCCAAUGGCACAACGAAACCCUAAAUGUCUGGACGCAUUUGAUCGGAUUUGUUCUGUUCUUGGGAUUGUGUAUGGCGAAUCUUAUGGAAGUGCCUCGAGUGGCGGAUCUGUUCGGGUUCUUUUCCAGGUCUAUGCUCACAUCUCUCUAUACAAACAUUUCCUAUGCUUCCAGAGAUUUUAUUGGAAGCACGGCACCAGAACUGAUUGAAUUAGCCGGAGGCGUCCGUACAUUCGAAGGCGGCGGCGGCGGCAAAAUUAGUUUAUUAGCGGAGGAAUUGAGCACAGAGCGGUGGCCGUUCUUCGUGUUCUUGAGCGGCUCAAUGUUCUGCCUUCUCUCCAGCAGCAUGUGCCACCUCUUUUCUUGCCACUCUCAUCCUCUAAAUCUCCUUCUGCUCAGAAUUGAUUACAUCGGUAUCACCGUCAUGAUCAU